ACUAACUAUUAAUUGAUUAUUAUCAUUUGCACAUAAAAUACAAUGAAUUACUCUUUUAUUUUACUACAACAUAUUAGAAUACAACCGAUAAAUCUCUUUUAUAUAUAGUUAAUCAUAGAAAUAUACAUUAUGUCAAUUCAUUAUAAUAGUGUUUGAUAAAUUACGUGAUAGGUUAUUCAGUUGAUUUAUUGUCAUUGGUGUUGAUUUUAUUUGUCUAUAAUCAAUUGAAGAGAGAAAAAAAAAAGAAUGAAUGAAAUUUAUUUAUAAAUUUAAAGAAAUGUGUACUCAUUGUCAUUGGACUCCAAUUGCAAUGCCAGAGAUGUAUGGAGUUAUAUUUGGUGAACAUGCGGGUCUUAUCCAUGCUUGUUCUGAUACAUUGAGACAAUAUUGUGAAAGCCUUUGGUACUCUGGAUUAGAAUACAAACGUCCGACUCAUGAAGAAAUUUUAGCCAAAUGUGGAAUACUCUUCUAUGGGAAACCAAUACCAGUAAAUAUUCUUUAUGCAUUUUACUAUCAACUGGAAAAUUUAUUCGCCAUGAGUAAAGUAAUUCAUUCCAUUCGCACAGUUAUGGAUUGGCUAGAUGCAACAGAAAAUCAUGCCUCAAGAAUAUUAUCAAUAUAUGAAAUGAAUUCACAAUUAAAUCAUUUUGAAGAAACAUUGGCAGAUCAUUUAAAAGCACUGAAGUUAUGUGAUCGUUUAUUGGAUAAUCUCGGUUCAAUUUAUCACCGUGUACGUCCUUUAAAAAAAGGACAAACUAUUCUAGCUAGAGCUUUAACAGAUUUCGAAUCAAAACAGAUGAAAUGCAAGCUACAUAUGAAUCACUUUUAUAGGAUCACAUCCAACCAAAAUCCUCAUGCAUGGCAGAUAAGUAAUCCCGGACAUGCAAUUCCAUCACUAUUCCUCGAUGUUUCUACUGAGUUUGGUGAAAAACUAAUUCUCAAACAACUUCAAAAACGAUUUGAAGAAUUUCUAAUCAUGUGUCAUGGUCGUGCUCGUCGUCAACUAUUCUCACGUAUUACAAAAUUAUUACAUAAUUCUAAACGUUAUUCAACACUUCCUGCAAUGUUUAAACCAAGCGAUUCUCCCGUUUCUUCAAGCGCUCUCUGUGGCUUAUACUUUCCACGUUCACCUGAUCCAGCUAAACGAUGGCGCCCUUCAAACAAUGCUAAAAUAUUUUCUCGUCAACCAGCCUAUUUGGAUUAUGAAAGUCCUCAAGAAGCAUUACUACCUCAUACAAUCCGAAUAUUAUUGACUCGGCUAAGAAACUGGUUACAUCAGUUACCUCCCCCUGGUGUGAUUAUGGACAGUUCAAAGUUGUCAACAUUUAAUUCAAAUAAAUGCCAGCAAAAUAGCUUUAAUUUAAUCCAAGGAAGUAAUGUAGUCAAUGAACUGCGUAAAUGGUGGAAGUUCACUCAUAAAACAGUUGAAAAUCGUGAUCAAUUAGAAAAAAUAGUUGCCGAUGCUACUUUUAUAAAAAAAUUGAAUGAUAUUAUGCAAACAAAAAUUAAUACUGAAGUGGAAAAACACAGAAAACAAUAUGAGUCAAAUAAAAACCUGACUAAUUCAAGCACAUUUAAAAGCCAUCCAAAGCUUACAAAGGUCCUUGUGGAUGAACUACUCUCAAGAAUAGGAGCUCAAUUUUAUCAUCCACGAUCUGGACAAUUUAGCUAUAGAAGUACUCAACGAGUAAUGGAUGGUAUUGAUGUAGCAUUACCUUAUACAUUUCCUGGAGUACAAAUAUUUGACAGAUUAAUUAAAGAUGAAACACUUAUUGUUUAUCAUAUUCAAAAAAGUCAUAAUUCAUCAUUACAAGAUGAUAAUGCUUCCAUUAAUCAUGAUAACACAUUCUCAUCAAAUUCUUAUACAUUUAAUAUUCAAAGUCAUCGUAACUAACUAACUAACUUUAACAAUCAAACUUCAAAAUAGUACUUCUUAAACAUUUUUCUUUAUUAUUAAUAAUGAAUAGCAAAUGAAUGAUAUAAUAUUGAUAAAUAAUAAAUACAAACCUGUUCAUGAAUAGUUUUUGAAUUGUUUAUUGGUAUAACUAUUUCUGAAUAAGAUACAAUUGGUGAUAUUGUACUACUGAUUAAUGAUUUAUUAGUAGUUAUAGAAUUGAAAGGAUAUUGAAUAAAUGGUGUUGAAAUUAUUGAUUGAUUAUUAGAAUGAAUUAAUAAUUUAGAUUUUUGAUUUUUAGUUUUAUAUUCUAUGUUAUUCAUAGUUGUAUUCAUAUUUAAUAAAUUAUUAUGAUGAAUUG